UCCUGCGGGCGCGCGCUGUGUCCAGGUGUAAACAUGGCGACAGCGGGAGCAGGAGACGAGCUGAGGAAGGAGCUGACCUGUGCCAUCUGUCUGGAUCUGUUCAAAGACCCUGUCAUCCUCAAGUGUGGACAUAAUUUCUGUCGCUAUUGCAUCUGUAUGCACUGGGACGAAAAUGGCGACGACUACGGUUACCAGUGUCCAGAGUGCCGCUCGGUUUUUAACAAGAGGACCUUCACCAAAAACUACCCAGUCCAGAACCUUGUGGACAGACUGGUCCACCUGGAGUGCCUGAGCUCGGCUCCCAAAUCUCCCAAACCGCUUAAUGUGGAGGGCAAGUGUGGCCAGCACGGAGAGGACCUGAAACUAUACUGUCAGACUGAUAAGAGGCCCAUCUGUGUGGUCUGCAGGGAGUCCAGAACACACAGGCAUCAUGAGGUUGCGCCACUGCCAGAAGUCGAAAAAGAGAUGAAGAUGGAAUUAAACCUGAGACUGCUGGAGUUGAACUGGCAUAAGUUUCAGUAUUCUAAUGUGAUAAGUGCAGACAAACACACCAAAGAUGAAGUCAGGACAAGGAAGAAGAGGCUGAAGGACAAAAUUGAAGCUGAUGUUGGGGCAUUGGUUCAGUUCUUGUUGGAUGAGAGGGACUCGCUGCUGGACAGUCUCGAUGCGGAAGAAGUGGCCACAAUGGCGGUCAUUGAUGAAAACCUGAAAUCUGUCGAAGAAGAAAACACAGCCGUGAGCAAAGUCAUCACAGAUUUCCAGUCACACCUGGAAGGAAAGACCAGCUUUGAGAGCCUGUCUGAAUCAUACAAUGAAGCUAUAUCUGGUAAACGGUUUGAGUCUUUUGAACCAGUGGAUUGUCAGACCGACUUCUCUGAAUUCUCAGGGCCCUUUCAGCUGAUAAUGUGGAAGAAGAUGAUGCACGUUCUACAUACAAUGCCUCAGAACCUCACCCUGGACCCUGACACAGCUCAUGCAAACCUACUCAUCUCAGACUUCGACACCAAAGUGGAGGAGAGCAGGAUCCGUAUACAGGAGCCCGACCUGCCAGCCCGCUUCACGCGCUUCUGUGGUGUCCUGGCCACGGCCAUGUACAGCAGCGGGCAGCACUACUGGGAGGUGGACGUGCGCGAUAAGGGUGUGUGGUACCUGGGUGUCACCACAGAGUGCAGCAACAGGAAGGGUUUUGUCAACCUUACGCCCUCUGCUGGUUACUGGAGUCUAUGUCUCCAGGAUCGUCUCUAUGCCAACGGGGAGGACGGGCGCAUCCUGGUGGCCGACUACUGGAACUCCCCUCGUGUUGGGGUCUACCUCGACUAUGACAACGGACGGCUGAGUUUCUACGACGCCGUGACAAUGAAGAGACUCUAUAUGUUUAACACAUGUUUUGAUGAGCCGGUGUACCCAUUCUUCAGCCCCGGGAAGAACGAUCCAGGCAGCAGACUGCAGAUAUGUCACUAUUACUGAGAUUCACCCAGUACUGUGUUACAAAGGAGACUGUCUGGAUUAGAUAGUGCAGUUUUAACUGUAGUAAAGGCUUAUUUAGGCUUUAGAAGCAGUUAAAUAUGGACAAGGUUCUUUCCCUUAAACUUCUUGCCACAACAAAUCAUCUGCCUUCUUAUAUGCAGUGGUUUGCACAUUAUAUUUAAGAGAGAUGCCCUACCUUUUGGCACAUUUCCAACUUGGGACCAGCACAAAGAGUACACUGGCUUGUGACUCAUUGUGGCUGGAUUUGAAAAUAAACUUUGUCUGAGUUUUAAAACUUUUCACUACAGAUGCUAGUCUGUGAAGCUCUCUCCACAUUCACCAUUUGAAUGUAUAUAAAUUGGUCUUAUUCAGGCUGUUUGUGCUGUGCUACUUUGCCAGUCACAACACAAAAUGUAGUUAUCACAUUGAUAUCUUGUGCUAUCCCCUCAACAAUGGCCCAUUUUUCCUAAAGCUUGUACUGAUUAUUGAACUUUUCUAGGCUUUGAUUGUGCUCAUUUUGGUUGGUCUGUGAAUCUGCAGCUUCUUUCAGUGGGUGGUGAUAUUAACGUCAGAGUCAUGCCAGUGCGCUUUGUUGGAUAUUUUAACGUCCUUAUUAAUAGUACGCUGUGUAAGUGUGAAAGUGAGUGCAUACAAGAUGGAGCUGAAGUGUUUGGUCUGUCCUCUGAAGUCCACAUUCAUGACCAUGCUUUUAGUUUGAGUCUUUUAUGUUAAGAUUAAUUCUUAAAAUGUGAAUUAUUGUCAUUUAUUGGUAUAUUUCACAUAUAUUAAUCCAUAGAUAUAAAUAUUUCUGUUGCAUAUUUAAUUUGGAAAUAUCUUUUGUUUAGGGCUGUGUUUAGCUUGUCCAAGCAGCAACUAUUUACCAUGCUUUGUAUCAACUAGACACUGCAUUUCCAAUGAGAUUUUAUUUUACAUAAUCACUUUUUAUUUUUAAUGUAUUUAUACUUUGAUCCUGCUUUGAUCCUACUUUUAUCCUCCGAAGGCUGCAGGUGUCACAUUGCCUCAAGACGCAGGUUGUGAAUGAAUGUUCUGCCAUUGGAGGGGAUGAUUCAUGACUUCUUUUCAGUGUAGUUAUAAACAUGUUGUU